AUGGACGGCGAAUACAUCCAAGAUGUCUCCGACGACGACGGCGUGGAAGUCGCUUCCCGAAGCGGUAAUAACGGUGCGGCUGGCGGAGCCUACGGCGCAAGAGCGAGGGGGAGGACGAGGGCGAAAGAGCGCUGGGAAAGUGGCAUACAGGCAGACUCUAUCGCUUUUGGGGAAGGGCCGGACGGGAACCUUGCUGAGUCGCUGGAGGCGGAAGAGCAGGCGCGUAAGAGAGCGAGGUUGCGGCAAGACAACAAGCCCGUUCAACGCGGCAUCAUCCGCCAUGUAGUCCUCAUCCUAGACCUCAGCGAGGCGAUGCUGGAGAAAGACAUGCGCCCCAACCGCUACAUCGUCACCAUCAACCACGCGCAAGCUUACGUACGGGAGUUCUUCGAGCAAAACCCCAUCAGUCAGAUGUGUGUCAUGGCCAUGCACGACGGGCUCUGCAUACGCCUCAGCGACCUCAGCGGAAACCCCGCAGACCACAUCGCUGCCAUACAAGGCAUCCGCUACCCCAAAUCCGCACGGCAAGCAGCGCGGGAGCCAAAAGGCAGCCCUUCGCUCCAGAACGCUCUUGAAAUGGCCCGCGCGGCACUCUACCACGCACCGAGCCACAGCACGAGAGAGGUCAUCAUCGUGCUCGGCGCGCUCCUCUCCAACGACCCGGGCGAUAUCCACAAAACGAUCAAGUCGUGCGUGAAUGACCGGCUCCGCGUCGCCAUCAUCGGCAUGGGCGCUCGCCUGCGCAUCUGCCAGGAAAUCUGCGCCAAGACCAACGCCGGCGACGACUCAGUCUACGGUGUGUGCCAAGACGAGAAGAACCUCCGCGAGCUGCUCAUGGCGACGACGACGCCGCCCGUGAUCCGGCAGACCGCGCCGGCCCUACCCUCCAGCGAACCGACGCCCAACGCGGCAAGCCUGCUGAUGAUGGGCUUCCCCUCGCGGGUCACUGAGAGCACACCCUCCCUCUGCGCCUGCCACAACAACCUCACACGCGGCGGCUACAUGUGCUCGCGCUGCCAGGUCAAGGUCUGUAGCCUGCCCCGCGCGUGUCCCAGCUGCGGCAUGACGCUCAUCCUCUCAACGCAUCUCGCGCGGAGCUACCACCACCUGUUUCCGCUGCAGAGCUGGGUCGAGGUGAGCUGGAAGCGUGCGCGCGAGUUGGGCUCGACGGAGUGCCAGGCGUGCAUGACUCACUUUCCGCCUGUGCCGGAGCCGCAGGAGCCGGACGCGAUGCAGGAGGGAACGGACAAGAGCACGGGCACAGAUACGGCGAACGGCGCACCGAAGCCUGUGAAACAGCGCCCGAGAGCCGAGGGGGCGAGCGAGAGCUCCAGAUAUGAGUGUCGGAGCUGCCAUUGCCACUUUUGCAUCGAUUGCGACGUUUACUGCCACACGGUGCUUCAUAACUGUCCGGGGUGUUUGAGCAACCCGAACACCGCGCCGACGGAUGCAGAGACGAAUCCGGAGGUUGUGGCGGAGAUGGCGGCGGGGUUGGAGAACGGGGUCAAUGGGGGCGAGCCUAUGGAUAUGGAGUAA